ACAGAAUCAUUUUUAACGCAGCUGCACCGGUCGGUGGAGUGUAACUUUUUUUUCUGAUGCAACCGCCGCAGCCAUUUUCAUCACUCAAUAGGAAGCGCGAUGACGAGCCCGUUUCUUAAGAGCUGUCGCUCUGAAUUUCCUCCGCGCUGUCGCGUUUCCGACUGCUGGGUGUCCCCUGCGGAUAGCAGCCACCGCAGAAUCCGGCGCCAUCAGCCCAGCGCCUCACAGCUGCUGUGUUUUUCCCGACAGCAGGUCAUCACGCUCCGCAGAAGGAACUAGCGGUUAGAGGCGAAAGCGGUCACGUGACCCCGCUACCCGGCGAACACCUGACGGGGGACGUCGCACGCGCCGCCGCCGACGCAGCCAGUGGGACCGUGACGCCGCCGACGGAAGGACAAACAGCAGCGCAGCGCCUCCGCCGCCCUGCCAACUCGCACCAUGGGAGCCUCAGCCGCUAAGCAACAGGAGAAAGCAGCCAGCUAUGCAGUGGAAACCAGCAAGCAGCCUCCAAAAAGCAAUGGGUCCGUGUUUGACAUGACGGCAUUCUCGUCCACUGCGAAACUCGCAGAGGGAGACCCCGAGAAACCUGGCCUACCAGCGUACGAUCCCUUCCAGGAGAGAGAUGUGUCACACCCAAACAGCGACGUGGGCGCCCUGGCGCACCUGCUCAAGAGCAGCUUGGGCAGUGGCAUCCUGGCCAUGCCGCUGGCCUUCCGCAACGCGGGUCUCGCCUUCGGGAUGGUCGCGACGCUGGUCGUCGGUUACAUCUGCACCUACUCCGUGCACAUGCUGGUGAACUGUUCGCAAGUGCUGAGUCAGCGCGUGCGGCAGCCCAGCCUGACUUUCGCCGGGACGGCGGGCCGCGCCUUCGAGACCGGACCGCCCGCCCUGAGGCGGUACUCCAGGGCUGCACACAACGCGGUGGACGUGCUACUGCUGGCGACCUACUACAGCAUGGUCUGCGUCUACAUCGUCUUCAUCGCCACGUCGCUGCGACAGGUGCUGGUCUUCUACUUCCCGGAGGACGCCAACUUCGACGUGCGGCUGUAUAUCGUGGCGACGGCGCCGCUGCUGCUGCCGCUGUGCAUGAUCCGGCAGCUCAAGUUCCUGGCGCCGUUCUCGGCCGUCGCCAACCUGCUCAUCUGCGUCAGCUUCGCCAUCACGCUGUACUACAUCUUCACAGACCUGCCGCCGCUCUCCAGCCGCGACUCCUUCUCCAGCAUCGGCCAGCUGCCGCUCUUCUUCAGCACCGUCAUCUUCGCUGUCGAGGGCAUCGGCGUGGUGCUGCCAGUGGAGAACAGCAUGAGGAACCCGACGCAUUUCCUGGGCUGCCCAGGAGUUCUCAACAUCGCCAUGGGCAUCGUCAUCGGUCUCUACGCCGUCAUCGGCUUCUUUGGAUACCUGAAAUACGGAGACGAGACUGAGGGCAGCAUCACACUAAAUUUGCCAUCAGCAGAACCGCUGGCGCAAGCCGUCAAAGUGCUGAUCGCCGUGGCCACCAUCUUCUCGUACGGGCUGCAGUUCUACGUGCCAACCGAGAUCGUUAUGAGGCGGAUGAAGCCGCGUCUGCCGCACGCGUGGGCCAAUCCCGCCGAGUUCGGCUACCGCUUCCUCACAGUCAUGCUCACAGUGGCCGUGGCGGCGGCGGUGCCCGACCUCGGCCCCAUCAUCACGCUGGUGGGCGCCGUCUUCGCGUCGACGCUGGGGCUGCUGUGCCCGGCGGUGAUCGACAGCGCCACCUUCUGGGAGACGGCGCGCUGGUGGCGGCACGCGCGCAACGCCUUCGUCUGCGUCUUCUCGCUGUUCGCGCUCGUCACCGGCGUCUACGCCAGCCUGCUCGACAUCAUCGACACCUACUGAGGCGCCGCUGCUCCACAGUUAUCCUACCGCAUCGCCCGGGGCGUCGACGCUUGUGUCACGCGGAAAGCACCGUCCACGUUCUCAACCACGGACAAUAAAAAGCUGCUCACUUCCUCGUGAAGGAGUCGGCUGAAGUUUUACCUAUUGCUAGUGAAAGCGAUUGAGGCUCCAAUUGUCUCGGUACAUGCGUCUACAUCGAAAACACCUGAUAUAUUGCGGCACUUCGCAGUUAACUGUGCCGUCUGCCUUGCACAGGAGAACAUAAGAAAUCGAUAAAAGUGUGAAUGAAAAUUUUAAGAGAGCGCCGUACGUACGUCUAUUCGUGGCAGAGUCUGCACUACUGGCUGCUCAGAACAACGUUGUGAAGCUAAUUCUUAAUGGUAGUUCAACGAAAGUUAGCUGCAGACACUCUAGUUGUGUGAAAGUUUAGCAGUGCACAUAUGUGCAGCUUCCAUUACGUGAUACUGGUUCCACUGCAAGAGAGCUGGAGCUGUCUUUUGAGGAAAUACAGAACGGAAAUGGCAGCAAUACUAUGCACCAGCAUUGGGUAUUUGCCAAUAAGAGUAGCAAUUAUUCUUACACCCUCAAUGAAAAAAUCUAAUUGUUACAUUGUCAAAAGGUAGCAGAAACUCUGAGUGUAAGACUGUUUACUGAAUGCAACUCUUUGGUAGCCUUCAUCUCUUCCUCCAGAGGGCCAACACCAUCAACUGUCGAGUUACCGAACAAGAGAAACGCGGAAACACUGCUGCAGCAGUGCGUCAGGGAAAGUCAGAUGGAAAGCCUUCCCGGUGCAACGACUCAAUGCCUCAUCUGACCACUCUCUUCGUUCGCACAUGUUGUAACGUACGCUACAGUCCAGAAGCUUGUGUCACAAUUGAGAUAGUCAGCGAUCUGAUUUCGUGCGAACUUGCAAAAAUGUAAUUUUAUUCAUAAUUUUCGUUAUUUGGCAAUAGGUGAAAAAUUUCUAAAUGUGCAGCCGGCCGCGGUGGUCUCGCGGUUCUAGGCGCGCAGUCCGGAACCGUGCGACUGCUGCGGUCGCAUGUUCGAAUCCUGCCUCGGGCAUGGAUGUGUGUGAUGUCCUUAGGUUAGUUAGGUUUAAGUAGUUCUAAGUUCUAGGGGACUGAUGACCACAGCAGUUGAGUCCCAUAGUGCUCAGAGCCAUUUGAACCAUUUUUUUUCUAAAUGUGCAGUAUGUCAGAGCAGCACCAAGUACCGAUAACGGAAUAGACGUUCUCGUAACGCUGGAAUCUGCCUAGCUGCUGCAGAGUAACAGUUUAGUACCUGAUAUCGAGUUUUACACAUCAAUAAUUUGAAUGCGUCGAACGUGAUAUCUUUAACGCUGUGUGUAAAACAAUGAAAAAUAUGAGACUAACAAGAAACUGUGUCAGGACGUUUGAAAAGACGGAUCUUAACUAACUGACUCGUCGGUAAUGCCGAAAGAGCUUUGUACAGUAUUAACUAUAUAACUAUUUUUAUACCUGUGAUAAUAUUUUAUAGUUACAUUGACAAUCCUAA